AUGCCGCGUGGUCGUGCUCGUCACCAAACUUGGGCUAGCGACCAGCUUAGAGUCCUACAAAAGCUCUACGAAGAAUGCUAUCGAUUCGUCAUCCAGAAAGUACCCUCCUCCUACAAUCGUCCUCGAGGACUGAAAGAUACCACCUGCCGCCACUCUGAUUGUCCGAACAAGGUCACACCUCCUGGCUCAUACCGUGCGAGCUUGGAAAAGCUUGGAGACUGUGAUCCAGCGAGCAACGUCAUUGGCUAUGAGGCCAUCGAUUCUCUCAAAAAUGUCAGGAAAACCGAGAAAGGCUCUCAAGGCAGACGUGGACUCGGUGCUAGCGGACAAGAAUGGUGGUGUUUGAAGUGCCUGGAGGCUCUCUUUGUUGAUCUUCGCCAGCACGUUUGGAAGCACAAGCCAGAUGGCUCAACACUCUACGUUCAUCCCCUCACCUCAGUCCAGUACUGGAUCAUACCUGAAAGGCGGACAAUACCACAGUACGGCGGUAUUUACUACACUCUCCGAGCCCCGCAAAUGCACCUCCUCGCAAAGUGGCAAGGAGUGAAGACCUUUGACGAACUCUGUGACCGCCCAGCCGAAGGGCAUUUCGAUCUUCCAGAAGACCCGGCAGACGGACCAUUUACCCUGUAUUUGGGCCAUGAUGAAGAGUCUUUCUAUCUUGAUACAGUUACUAGGGACAUGAGAGGAGUCUUAGCAGAAAAUAAAGUCUGCGAGAUUAACGCUUGCGACGUCCGAGGUUGCUCGCUGAGCGAGGCUUUCCGGAGGCUGGAUAAGAAGGAGGAUCGCAUGGUCGAAGAGAAGUGGAUGCCUAUAAUGGCUGAAAGAAAGAGGAAGGCAGACGCAGGAGCAGAAGAAGAAGGUCAAUGUGCUGAAGAGCAAUUGACUGGAAGGAGUGGGGAGCUGGCAGAGGAAGCGGUGUCAGAGAAGCCAGAGAAGCCGACCGACUCCGUGCAUGCUCUUUUCGAAGGAUACAGGCGUGCUGUACCUGUCGUCUAUGUGGGUAACGACCUACCGGCUAACAGCGGAAAAAGGAAGAGAUGCGAUCUAGAUCAGAGUCAAGAGCCCGCCAGGCCCAAUACCUUCGUACCACAGGCGUCGGGUAGUGUGCUCGCGCAUAUCACGAGAAGAACAAAUAAGGCGGCUCAAGCCUGCUCAGCGUCUCCCGACCUCACACGAUCACCCUUUGAUUCUGCUCAUUCUUCCGGAACACAAGUCGGCUGUCAGGCUGUCUCACGUCCCAACUCUACCGCUAGAACGACACAGGAUGCGGCUCUAUCCAGCUCACCAGCUUUCGAUCGCCAACUACCAGCCCGCACUUCUGCCCGUUUCCUGGAGGUUGCGAAUGGAAGGGAAGACCCUCUAUCUUUGGUCUCCCAAGCUGGCUCAGGCCCUUAUGCCACCGCAGCAGUGCAGCCAUCUCCACCUCCGAAAUUUGCUCCAAAUCCAGCAUCGAGGCUUUGCCACAGAAAGCCAAGGGUAAACAGCGGAGCGCCAACCGUGGAGCAAGAGAGGUAG